CCCGAAAAAUCCAAACCCACAACAUGAUGCCGAUGAGGUCGGUCUGGCACUAACGUGCUCCGGUAUCACGUCCGUUUCAAUAAAACUCCCCACGCCCGCGGGCCUCCCUCUAAAAGAUCACUAGAUCUCAGCUCUCGCCGGUUCGUCUCGCUCCUCGCUCCUCGCUCCUCGCUCCUCGAUCCCAAAUCCGAUGAAGAAACCCCGCGGGGAUGUCGCCAGCGUUCCGCUCUCGAGAUUCGGCGUCUUGGUCGCGCAACUCGAGUCCAUCGCCGCCUCCGCUCGUCAGCAGCCUCCCGAUCCCCUCCUCUGCUUCGAUCUCCUCUCCGAACUCGUCGUCGCCAUCGAAGACGAGCCCAAGGAAGCUAUACAACAAUCACAGAGGAAAUGCGAGGAUGCUUUAUACUCUUUGCUUAUUUUAGGGGCUCGUCGGCCUGUUAGGAGGUUGGCAUCGUUAGCAAUGGGCAAAGUGAUAGCAAAGGGCGAUGGGAUUUCUAUUUACUCGCGAGUGAGCACUUUUCAGGGAUGGCUCGUUGAUAGCAAAAGAAACGAGCCACUUUCUUGUUCAGGUGCGGCACAAUGUUUGGGUGAGCUAUACCGCUUGUUUGGACGAAGGAUUACCUCUGGUUUGGUGGAAACCGCCAACAUCGCAGCGAAACUAAUGAAGUAUCAUGAGGAUUUUGUAAGGCAAGAUGCAUUACAGAUGCUUGAGAAUGCAUUGGGAGGUUCAGGGGGUAGUGGUGCUUCUGCAGCUUACUCUGAAGCUUUUCGUAUUAUCAUGCGAGUAGGUGCGAGUGACAAGUCUCCUAUUGUAAGGAUAGCUGCAGCUAGAUGCUUGAAGACAUUAGGAAGCAUUGGUGGACCUGGCCUAGGGAUCACAGAACUUGAAAAUUCCAUUGUUCAUUGUGUAAAGGCUCUUGAAGAUCCUGUUUCAUCUGUUAGAGAUGCCUUUGCUGAAGCCUUGGGUGCUUUGUUAGCUCUUGCAAUGAAUCCUGAUGAACAGGUAAAACAACAAGGAAAAAAUCAUCCUGCUGCUGCUAAGAAAUUGGAUGACUGUUUGCAAAAGCAUUUAAUAUCGCCAUUUACUAGAGCAAGUGGGACGCGUGCAAAGAGCCUGCGAAUUGGACUGACAUUAUCAUGGGUGUUUUUUCUACAGGUGAUCCGGCUCAAGUAUCAUCUCCCAGAUAGUGAACUACAGAACUUUUCGUCACUGACCUUGGAUAUGCUUCAGGGGAAUGCUUCUAUGGAUGUGCAUGCACUGGCAUGUGUUCUGUACAUUCUUCGUGUGGGCAUAACUGAUCAGAUGACUGAGCCAACUCAAAGAGGCUUUUUGAUCGUAAUGGCAAGACAGCUAGAAUCUGGUAAUUAUAGUCCAUCAGUGGGUGUUGCUACAUUGCGUAUCCUCUCAUAUCUUUUGAAAAUAUUGGGAGAGGUUCCAGUGGAAUUCAGAGACAUCCUUGAUAGCACACUGGUUGCAGCAAUGUCUCAUUCUUCGUUGCAUGUACGUACGGAGGCUGCUUUAGCUUUGCGUGCAUUGGCUGAGGUUGAUCCUACUUGUGUCGGCGGUUUGAUUUCCUAUGGCAUGACAACAUUACAUGCACUGAGAGAAAGUACAGCAAGUGGAAAGGGAAAUGAUUUAAGUCUUGAGCUUGAUGCUUUACAUGGACAAGCAACUGCUCUAGCUGCCCUGGUCUUUAUCUCACCAAAACUAUUACUUGGUUAUCCUGCGAGGCUUCCUAAAUCAGUCCUUGAAGUUUCAAAAAGGAUGCUGACUGAAUCUAGUCGCAGUCCUGUGGCAGCAACUGUGGAAAAGGAAGCAGGAUGGGUUCUUUUGGCAUCUCUUAUUAGCUCUAUGCCAAAAGAGGAGCUUCAAGACCAAGUCUUUGAUAUUCUUUUACUUUGGGCAGAACCUUUUCUGGGAAAUCAUGAGUCUUAUAUUAGGAAAAAUCAGGAUUUGAUCUUGGAAAUGCGUGUUAUGACAGCUGCAAUAGAGGCUCUUACUGCUUUUAUUAAAAGCUUCGUCUGUCCAAAUGCGGCUGCUAAAAAUGGUGUAGUCUUGCUUCAACCAGUGCUGGCAUACCUUAGCAGUGCUCUGUCUUACAUAUCAUCUUUAUCGUCCAAGCCCUUGCAAAAUAUAAGGCCUGCAUUGGAUCUGUUCACCGUCAAAACAUUGAUUGCUUAUCAGUCAGUUUCUGACCCAAUGGCAUAUAAAACUGAACAUUCUCAGCUUAUGCAUAUAUGCAGUGUACCAUUCAGUGAUCCUUCUGGAAGUGAAGAGAGUUCGUGCUUGAGGUUCUUAUUGGAUAAGCGAGAUGCAUGUCUGGGUCCUUGGAUACCUGGAAGGGAUUGGUUUGAGGAUGAACUUCGAGCUUUUGAUGGUGGUAAAGAUGGACUUGUGCCCUGUGUAUGGGAGGAUGAACCUAGUAGUUUUCCUCAGCCGGAUCCUGUAAGCAAACUUUUGAUCAAUCAGAAGCUCCUGUGCUUUGGUACUAUAUUUGCAACUGAGGAUAGAAGUGGCAUGAUCAGUCUACUUAACAAAAUUGAUCAAUGCCUUAAGACUGGAAAGAAGCUACCUUAUCAUGCGGCUAGUAUUACUAAUGCAUGUGUUGCUCUCCUGGCUGGCUUGAAGGCUCUGCUUGUUUUGCGCCCUCAAACACUAGGAGCUGAAAUCUUGAGCUCUAUUCAGUCUAUUUUCCAGAGUAUUCUAGCAGAUGGAGAUACUUGUCCUGCACAAAGAAGAGCCUCUUCUGAGGGUCUCGGUUUAUUAGCUCGUCUUGGCAAUGAUAUUUUCACAGCAAGAAUGACACGAAGUCUUCUUGGAGAGCUUGGUUCAGCAACAGACCCAAGCUGCAUUGGAUCUAUUGCACUUUCAUUGGGUUGCAUUCAUUGCAGUGCAGGAGGAAUGGCAUUAUCUACAUUGGUACCAGCAACUGUAAGUUCAAUUUCUUUGCUUGCUAAGAGUUCAAAUCCUGGUCUACAGUUGUGGGCUCUGCAUGCUCUUCUUUUGACUAUUGAAGCUGCUGGUUUGUCAUAUGUUUCCCAAGUUCAGGCCACACUCUCCCUUGCCAUGGAAAUUCUUUUGUCAGAGGAGAAUGGUUUGUCUGAUCUUCGGCAGGAGUUAGGCUGUCUAAUAAAUGCCAUAGUAGCUGUUCUUGGCCCUGAGCUUGCUCCAGGAAGUACCUUUUUUUCCCGUUGCAAGUCUGCUAUUGCAGAAAUAAGCUCUUGCCAGGAGACAUCGACUCUUCUUGAGUCUGUUAGGUUCACUCAACAACUUGUUCUUUUUGCUCCACAAGCUGUUUCUGUGCAUUCUCAUGUUCAAAGUCUUCUCCCAACGCUCUCUUCUAAACAGCCUAGUCUUAGAUAUCUGGCUGUUUCAACUUUGCGCCAUCUAAUCGAAAAAGAUCCGGUUGCAAUGGUCGAUGAGAAAAUUGAAGAAAACUUGUUCAGUAUGCUUAAUGAGGAAACUGAUUCGGAGAUUGGAAGUCUAGUCCGCUCAACAAUUACUCGAUUGCUUUAUACAUCGUGUCCUUCAUGCCCAUCACGUUGGUUGGCUAUCUUUCACAACUUGGUUCUUGCAACAUCGACGAGGAAGAAUGCUUCUGAGAAGCAUGGAAAUUUACAAAAUGACCACAGUGCUACAUCUGAAGGUGAUGGAAGGCUAUUUUAUGGAGAAGAUGAUGAGGACAUGAUUGCUAGCUCUGGUGAGCAGUUGCAUGGUGCUGACUCUAUCGUCAGUACUAUUCUUAAAAGAGAGAAACAUCUAAGAUACCGGACCAGGGUAUUUGCUGCUGAGUGCUUGAGCAAUUUGCCAAAAGCUGUUGGAACAGACCCAGCACAUUUCGACCUCUCUAUGGCAAGGAAGCAACCCACUAAAGAACACAGUUCCUCUGGUGAUUGGCUAGUGCUUCACUUACAAGAGCUACUGUCCCUUGCUUAUCAGAUAAGCACUGGUCCGUUUGAAGGCAUGCAGUCAAUAGGUGUGAAACUUUUAAGUGUCAUAAUGGAGAAGUUUGGAAAUAUCCCAGAUCCGGAACUGCCUGGACACCUUUUGUUGGAACAGUAUCAGGCUCAACUUGUCUCUGCAGUUAGAUCGGUCAUAAGUAUGUCUUCUGGUCCUCUCCUUUUGGAGGCUGGUCUCCAGUUAGCCACAAAGAUUCUAACAAGCAGCAUUAUUAGUGGGGACCGUGUUGCUCUUGAUCGUAUGUUUUCAUUAAUUUCACGCCCAUUGAAUGACAUUAAAGAUUUGUAUUAUCCAUCUUUUGCUGAAUGGGUUGCUUGCAAGAUCAAGGUUAGACUUCUGGAAGCCCAUGCCUCCAUCAAGUGUUAUGUGUAUCAGUUUCUUACAGAGAACAAAGGUAUUCCGGAAGAAUAUCAGCAGUUGACACCUCGGUUCUCUAGCUGCUCAAGCAUUUUGGGGAAGUACUGGAUCUGUGUCCUGAAGGACUAUAUGUAUAUUAGCUUUGGACUGAAUACAAAGUUUAGGUACAAUCCUUUCCUUGAUGGCAUUCAAUCUCCAUUGGUCACUUCCAAGCUGCAAUGCUGUCUAGAAGAAUCUUGGCCACUCAUUUUGCAAGCGACUAGUCUUGAUGCAGUUCCUAUUAAUAUUGAAAUGAAUAGCACAGAAAAAUCCAAUGCUGAAGAUUUAUCAAAACGUUCACUAAUAUCGGGCCACAACAUGGUCAAAUUAGAAUUCCGGGAUUAUCAGUUUCUGUGGGGGCUAGCAUUACUUGUUUUGUUCCAUGGUCAGCAACCAGGGAUAGGCUCAAUCCUAAAGGCACCUCUUCUUUGGAGAAAAUAUAAUCAUGAUGGAGAUGCCAUGGCUCAAAAGAAAGUUGAUUUAACCUCAGAUGAAGUUUGGCCACCAGUACUUCAAUCUCUCUCGAAAGAUGCAUUCUUUUGUUAUGAAUUUCUUACGUUGGACCUUUGUCAAGAACUUCUUCAGGUUCUUAUAUAUGCUGAUAUCAUGGCUGACUCGCGGAAUAAUCAUGCUGUAUGUUUAUUAUCACAGAUUGUUAUUAGCUGCCCUGAUGUUUUUUUUGAAGUGGAAGACUUCACAGCUUCAGCUACAGAACUGUAUUUCAAAUGCUUGUCAAUAACACUUCAAAGUAAAAAUGUCAUUUUGCCCGAUUUGGUUUCCAAAUUAUCUGUGGUUGCUCAAGAAAUAGCACGCCAGGUGAAGGAUAAGAAAAAUCAGAUAAGGUUCAUAGUGGCGCUUAUGUCAGUUUCUUGUGAAUUGUUCGAGGAAGCUUCAACCAAUAUGUGCCUGCCAAGAGUAAUCGCCUUUCUACAAAAUAUAAUGCCUUUCCUGAAGAAAUAUAUCAGAGAUGAAGCUGGUAUAGAGACAAAUGAUCUUUCCUGUCAAGAACCAGUCUUGGGAGCUUGGAGGAGUAUGCUUGGAUUUUUGUGUCAAGACUGCAUUAAAAGAACUCGUCUUAUGGAGAAUAAAACCAGUGACUCAAGCAGAGUUCUCGGAAAGAUACUUAGUUUCUGUUUAGAAGAAUUUGUGGCUCUUACCAAAUUAGUUCAUGAAACUCUGUAUUGUGGACGGAGAAAAGAAAAAAACCAUAUUCUUCUAUUUGCUAUUGUCAGUCAUUGCACAAGAUGCAUGAGAGAUACUUUAAAUGAGGAGAACACACAGGUGCAGACAAUUGGACUCCAUGUUCUGAAAAACAUUGCUCAGAGAGAAAUUGCUGAAGGCCUGAAUAUGAAGAACCAUUCUUUCUCUCUAUUCUUCAUUGGAGAAUUCUUUGGAGAUGUUUUUCUUCUGAUCCAACGUACAUUGAAGGAAAGUAUUAGCAGGGAAUCCGUAUCAAUUAUUGAAGAAUGUUUAAGGCUAUUGCUUCUCCUUUACACACUUUCAAAAGAAAGGGAAGAUUUGCGGGAGAUUACAAUGUUGCUUUUGGAAGCUCUUCUCAUGGUUUUCUAUGUAUCCAGUGAAAACUAUUCACAGGAAAUUACUGAUGUCAAAAACAUUGUGAAGAGGCUCGUUUCUCAUCUUGUUCAGAUUCCUUCAUUUGCUAUACAAAUCAAAGAUAUAAUGUUAUCAAUGCAGGGAUCAGUCAGACUGCAACUUCAGGAUUUGAUUCGAGAAUCAAUUAAUCAAGGUCAUAUUACAUUACAAACAAAGAUCAGUUUGCUACCCAAGACGCCUGUACAAUUGAAGCCAAAUGUUAUUGAAGUUCACCAGUCAUGGGCUCCAGAUUUUAUUGUGAAGUAUGAUGACAAAAAUGAACCAAAAGAAGAAGAUGGUGCUGGUGCUGAUGCUGAUGACGAUGAUUGGGAUGCUUUCCAAUCUCUGCCUGCUGCUAACAAUGCAGCUGGAUCUUCAAGUAGCUCACAUUCUGACAUCAUACAGAUGAAGCCAGAUUCAGUUAGUGAACUUUCAUCUCCAGUAAUUGAUCAUCACUAUGAAGAAAUUGAUGAUGGCCAUCUGUCUGAUCUCCAAAAUGCUGUGGUCUUCAAAAAUGCAAGUGAGACACAGGAAUUUGAGAUUAGCACUGGGCAAGAAAGGAUUUCUCCCGAUAAAGAUGGAACUCAGGCAAGCUUGGAUUCCCAAAAUCAGGAGAUCGAGAAAGAUGAAUCUGAGGAAUCUUCUAAUCCUGAUCAUUUUAUAGAUAAAGAAAAGAACUGUAAUAAAGAUGAACUUGAGGAAACCUGGGAUUCUUCGGCUUCUGAUAUUAAGAAGGAUGAACCUCAGGAAUCUGAGGUUGGAAAAGAUGAAACAGAGGAAUUUUCUGAUCCCCAUAAUUUUACAAGCAAUGAAAGGACAGACUGUAAGGAAAAUGAACUUGAGGAAACCUCAAAUUCUACGCUUUCUGAGGUUAAAGAUGAACCUCAGAAAUCUGAGGUUGAAAAGGAUGAUCUUAAAAAAGAUGAAAUUGAGCCAUCUUCUAGUCCUUAUCAUUCCACAGACAAAGAAACGAGUCAUGAUAAGAAUGAAUGUGGGGCGACUUUAGAUUCUCAACACUCUGAGAUUGAAAGAGAUGAAUUCAUGGAAAUUUCUAGUUUCCACCAUCCUGGGGCUGAUGAAACACUUGAAAGUGGAAGCGAUGAUAGUGUGCAACUCGGUCUCGAGCAUGUACCUUCAUCUCCAAACGACUACGAGGAAAGAAGCAAUGGCCAGCACUUAGACUGCAGUACUGAUUAA